AUGUCUCUCUCGCCGUCGAGCCAGAGCAGCCUUGGCGCUGCGGCCCUCGGCCUCGAAUCCUCCUCGCAUGUCGCGUCUCUCAGCUCAACACCACCUACCAACUUCUCCGACAACAUAUCUAUAACCUCCGAGGGCAUCAAGGUCGAGACUACACCUGUACCCGAGAUUCAAGCGACCGUCAUUGUCGCCACGGAGCCUCAGCCUGAGGCCUCUGCCACACCCCAUGACACGCCUCAGAUUGACGCGCCAUCGACCGCCCAAGAGCCCCCCGCAGCCGGGCGUGCUCGGAGGGCACGCGUCAGCAAUCCCGUCUAUAACCUCUCCCAAUUGAGCGGCACCGCCGCAAAGGGAAAUGGCCGCAGAAAGCGAGCCAGCCUCGGAGACGCUCUCUCUACCACGCCGCGCUCCUCUGACCCUCUCGUACGCGACGGCAUUGACGCGCUGAAUCUGCAAUGGUCUAUGCAAGGCCUCAAGACCCCUGGCAAGUUGGCUCAGGAGAAGCCCGGCACUCCUCGCACGACUCGAGCCUCAGCGCGCGACGCCCCGGCCAAGGUCGAUGUCCUUACAUCCAAAGCGACCUCUCUCGGCAAGCGCGGGCGCAAGGCCUUUGAACAGGGCAUUGGCAAGGUCUCCAGAGAACUUCUCCGCCUCAGAGAUACGAACGAGUUUGCCAAAGUAGAAACGAAGCCUGUUUUCCACACCAUUUGGGCCAAUGGCAAGCUGGUUACUCCCGAAGAGCUUGAAAAUGGCCCUGCCCGGAAGAAGGCUAAGACGAAGGCGCCCUCGGAAGUAGAGAAGGCCAAGGUGGACGAGACAAAGAAGGACGGCGAAAAGAGUGAGGAGACGCUAGAGCUUCAUACGCGCAAGGGACGGCGUGUCAAGCGCUGGCUCGCCAAGGGCCUGUAUGCUGGUCAGGACACGCCGCUUGACCUGAACGAGGGUCUGGGCCUCGCGGAGAAGAAGAAACUCGCACAAAUCCCGGAGCUGGCCGCGUCUGGGCGCGUGAACAAGGCACUGCCUUUGCCCAUGUUCAAUGGACUGAGGACGUUGAUCAACGGCCGAGACUUCAAGCUUCCGUUUGACGUUUGCAACCCUUUGCCCCCGGGCCAGCCGAAGCCCGAGCACUGGACAAGAUCUUCCAAGAGUAUGUAUUGCGCGCUCCUGUUCACGGCACGCAUCACUGACACGUUCGCAGAUCGCUUUGUGGAGAUUCUAAUGAUCAAGUGGAUCGUGGGCGGCCAGCCGCGAAUGGCACUGUUUGCGGGAGACGCGCCCAUCAUGACUGGCGACGAAUUGACCUACGACUACAACUUCGACCCUUUCAGCGCUAAGAACGUUCAAACCUGUCUGUGUGGCGAGGCGGAGUGUCGCGGUGUGCUGGGUCCCAAACCCAAGGGACCCAAGCCGGUCAAGGCUGAGAAAACAGACGGCAAGGCUAGUCUGAAGAAGAAGAAGAAGGCCAAGGCUACAAAACCUGACGCCAAAACAACCCCGAAAUCUGCAGCAAAGGCCCUCAAGAGCCCUGCCAAGCUGAAGGCGAAGGCACAGACACCGAAAGCGAACCUGAAGGAGACUGUCAAAAGCGUUGUCAAGCUCGGGAAGCGCAAGCUUGAGGAGCUCGCCGGAGAUGACACAGCCAACGCGAUGGCGAAGAAACGAAAGAUCAAAUCUCCCAAGGGCACGAAACAGAGCGCAAAACGUAGCUUCUCCAACGCCAGCACCAAGGUUGUCCAGGCGGCAGCGAAAGGCGCCGCCACGGUGAAGAAGAGUGUCUCAACGAUUACUGUGAACGCCAAGUCAACACCUGUCGCGAAGAAGACAACGUCUUCCAAGGUGACUACUGUUCGCACAUCCAGCUCAGGCCGUGUCAUCAAGGCGACAAAGAAGCGCGACUCCCUUCUGCAGACGACCUUGUCACCCAAUUCGACAAUUAUCGCAGCCAGAGCUGAAGGCGGCAAGUUCAAGGCUGCCGACAAGGACAGCUUGAAGACGCCGAACAAAACGAAGAGACCGGCCACUCCGAAGAGUCUCAAAAGCGCUGUCAAGUCCCCCCGCAAAGCGCUGGAUCUACCGCGCGUGAAAUCGCAGAUUCGCUUGGUGAGCCCCGAGGCGAGCAGCAUCACUGCCCUCGUGUCCCCCUCGAUGGCCUGA